UCAAAUAAAGUUUUUACAUAAAGAUCUUUAAGCAUCUAUAACUAGGCAUUAGCUAGCUACCUCCAUUUUAGUUUCCUCUUAAUCACAUCUUAAUCUUCAUUUAUUUAUCUCUAUAUAAGAAAGUGAGAAAGGGAAAGAGAAGAACAUCCAUUUUCAUCAUCUUUAGAAAUUGAUACUCAAAUCUAACACAACUCACCUUGUUUAAUUUUGCUCCAUUUUUAGCUAAGCUUUGAUCUUUUCUCUUAUUUAUUUUUUAUUUUCAAAUAGGGUUGAUUACUCUAUUUUUUGAUCUUUAAAAUAGAAUUUAUACCUAUAAAAGCCUAAUUUUUUUGAGCAAAUUAAAAAUGGUAAAUCAAGAUGCAAAUAUUACAAAUGGUUUUCUACAAACCCCAAUUGUUGGAUCUAAUGAACCUUCACUUCCAAAGAAGAAAAGAAACCUCCCAGGAAAUCCAGAUCCACAAGCAGAAGUGAUAGCAUUAUCACCAAAAACCCUAAUGGCAACCAAUAGAUUUUUAUGUGAGAUAUGUGGAAAAGGGUUCCAAAGAGAUCAAAACCUACAACUCCAUCGUAGGGGACAUAAUUUACCAUGGAAGCUCAAACAAAGAACAAGUAAAGAACCAAGGAAACGCGUUUAUAUCUGCCCUGAAAAGACCUGUGUUCAUCAUCAUCCGUCCCGUGCACUCGGAGAUCUUACCGGUAUUAAGAAGCAUUUUUGUAGGAAACAUAGUGAAAAAAAAUGGAAGUGUGAGAAAUGUUAUAAGAGGUAUGCUGUUCAAUCUGAUUGGAAAGCUCAUUCCAAGACUUGUGGAACUAGGGAAUACAAGUGUGAUUGUGGAACUAUUUUCUCAAGGAGGGACAGUUUCAUCACCCACAGGGCAUUUUGUGACGCUUUAGCAGAAGAAACAGCAAGAAUGAACGCAGCAAAUGCCCAUUUUACCCUUAAUGCUGCUAUCAUGGGCUCUAAUCUCAGACCUUCCAUUGCCAUGGCUCAACAUUUUUCCUCCAUUUUUAAACCUCUUCCUUCAUCUACUAAAGAUACAGAAACCCUAAAUAACCCAAAUCAAAAGGAACACUUUCCUUUUUUGUUUCCUACUAAUAAUACCCAAUUACCUCAAAAUUUAGGGUUUGAUCAAAUCAUGCAAAAUCCCCCUCUUUUUUCCGUCCAAACCCAUAAUAAUUACCAUAAAUUUUAUGAUUUUAACCCAUCAAAUAACAACAAUAAUAUUGAAGAAUUAGGUUUAGAAAAUAAUAAUAAUAAUAAUAAUAAUAAUAAUAAUAAUAAUAAUAAUAAUAAUAAUAAUGUCAUUGCUUCAACAUCCUUUCCUUCCUUAUAUAGCACAAAUCAAAACCCUAAUUCUUGUCCUAUUAUGUCAGCUACCGGAUUACUUCAAAAAGCGUCACAAAUAGGCGUAACGUCUUCGACGCUUACAGAUAAUCCUGACGCUUUUUUUCCGGGAAACUUUGGGUUAAUACUUAAGGGAAAUAAUGACAUUUUGGAUGACAAUGAUGGUGGUGGGUCUUUUCAUGGGUCGGCUGACGGGUCGGUUGAUGGGUCGGUCGAUGAUCUUUCUACAGUGACUACAAUGUAUAAUGUCACUAAUAAUAAUUCUGCUAAGCGUCAAAAAUUGUUUAAUGAUAAUUAUGUAGAUAGUAAUAAUUAUACUAAUGUUAGUAUUGUUCAUGGUGGUGUUGGAGGGCAAACUCGGGAUUUCCUUGGUGUUGGUUCACAGCCUGUGUACCGGCCGGCGUCGAUCAACGGUUGGAUUUGAGCUCUGAGGAGGAGGAUCAUCGUCAUCAUGGUACCCAUAGUACUGUAUCCCGCUCAUAGGAAACUAUGAUUAGAAUUUGGGGUGAAAAGAAAGAUAGUAACAACACAUACCCGUAAAGGAGUAUGCAAGGCAAAAAUAUAAUGUCGAUCAUGCAUAGUCAAGGUAAUGAUGGAAAAAAGAAUUUAAUUUGAGCUACACUCUUUUAGUUGAGACUUGAAAUAAGACUUUGACGCUAAAAAGUCUCAUCACUUGUUAGACUCUUAGUUAAGAUAAGGGCUAGAGUCUUUACUUCAAGUACAUGUUUCUAAUGACAUGUUUGGUUGUUGGUAUUAAACAAUAGUAAUGAGAAUGAUUUGUUAUGUAACUUUUCAUGAAAUGUACCAUGUUAUUUCUAUAGUAAAGUUCACAUUUUUU